GCCCAUUCAUCUUCUCGCUCUCUCUCUGUCUACUUAGAACGGGUUGGGAGGAAAUUGGAGCUCGGCGAUAAAUCUGUUGGCAAUCGAUCCGUCUCUUCGGUGAAAUCAGGCUUAAUUCUUUCCCUCGGACUCAAGAGAGAGUCGGCUGCUCUCUUCAUUCGUGUGGUACAUUUUGAUCGAGUUUGGUUCCGCACUCUGAGUUUGAAAUACUUGGAUCUAAUUCAGCAACCAGAAAGCAAUGGAAUCCUAUAAGCCUAAAAGCAUCCUCAUUACCGGAGCUGCUGGUUUCAUCGCAUCACAUGUUGCUAACAGGCUCAUCCGCAACUACCCCGAUUACAAAAUUGUGGUCCUCGACAAACUCGACUACUGCUCCAACCUUAAAAACCUUUCCCCUUCUGGAUAUUCCCCCAACUUGAAGUUUGUUAAGGGUGACAUCGCCAGUGCUGAUCUUCUCCACUACCUUCUCAUCACGGAGUCCAUCGACACAAUAAUGCACUUCGCUGCUCAAACUCACGUCGACAAUUCUUUUGGCAACUCCUUUGAGUUCACUAAAAACAACAUCUAUGGAACUCAUGUUCUGCUUGAGGCAUGCAAGGUCUCCGGUCAAAUAAGGAGAUUUAUCCAUGUCAGUACAGACGAAGUUUAUGGGGAAACCGAUGAGAAUGCAAUUGUUGGCAACCAUGAAGCCUCUCAGCUCCUCCCUACGAACCCGUAUUCUGCCACCAAAGCCGGAGCUGAAAUGCUUGUGAUGGCUUAUGGAAGGUCCUAUGGCUUACCCGUCAUAACCACUCGUGGUAACAAUGUCUACGGACCAAAUCAAUUUCCGGAAAAGUUGAUUCCAAAGUUUAUCUUCAAGUUCAUGCUUCUAGCAAUGAGAGGACAAAUCCUUCCGAUUCAUGGAGACGGUUCGAACGUUCGAAGCUACCUCUAUUGUGAGGACGUUGCCGAGGCUUUUGAGGUUAUUCUUCAUAGAGGGGAGAUCGGCCAUGUUUAUAAUAUUGGGACAAAGAAAGAGAGGAGGGUGAUUGAUGUAGCAAAAGAUAUCUGUAAGCUUUUCGCGCGGGAUACCACCACUGCAAUUAAGUUCGUCGACAACAGGCCAUUUAAUGACCAAAGAUACUUUUUAGAUGAUCAGAAGCUAAAAAUUUUGGGUUGGUCAGAAAGAACUACUUGGGAAGAGGGUCUGAAAAAGACUAUGGAUUGGUACACAAACAAUCCAGAUUGGUGGGGAGAUGUCUCAGGAGCGCUUUUACCACAUCCAAGAAUGCUAAUGAUGCCGGGCACUGAAAGACAUUCUGAUGGCCCUGAAGUGAUAAUAAAGAGCAUGUUGUCUCCGCCAAACAAUAUUAACAUUCCAAGCCAAUUGAUAACACCACCUGUCUCAAAAACCUCAUCUUUUGGUAUCAAAACACAGUUUUUGAAGUUUUUGAUAUACGGCAAAACCGGAUGGAUCGGCGGACUUCUCGGGAAGAUAUGUGAGAAGCAAUUGAUACCGUUCGAGUACGGAAAAGGUAGAUUAGAAGAUCGAUCCCAGCUCCAAUCGGAUAUUCAUAAUGUGAAGCCGACACAUGUUUUCAA